GUUUAUGUGACCUCACACUCGGGGGAGAAUGACAGCUUAGCCUUCUGACUCAACAGUCAGCUCGACCUCACCUGCUAAUAUUAUCAAAUUCAGCAUGUCUGAGAAAGAACUGGGGCAGAAAUGGGACCGCUGCCUUGCAGACUGCGCUGUCAAAGUUGGUGCUGGUCUUGGUUUAGGUAUUGUCUUCUCUGUGGUCUUCUUCAAACGUAGGACAAUGCCAAUCGCAUUUGGCACAGGAGCGGGACUGGGCAUGGCUUAUUCUAACUGCCAGAAUGACCUGAGGGCUCCAUAUCUCCUGCACAGCAAUGCUGCAAAGGAGCAGUAGCAUCGGACCAAUGCAGGAUCUCAUCUGUUUUGUUGCUUAUUUGGGAGUUGACUGACAAAUAUCUUUCAGUGGAUUUCUCCUCACCAUCCAACAACUCUGUGCCUGAACUGGACAGUCUGUCUUUUGUGUAAUCACAUUGUUUAUAAUGAUAUUGUUGGAUAAUGUAGAUUUGAGAGAAUGAUAUGCCCUGGAGCUCAUGCACUUAUAAAACACUAUUUUAUGACAUGA